AUGUAUUCUCUGAACGGUAUCAAAGCCCAGCGGCGGUCCACUUCUCUUGGCGAGGAGAGCGGAGGAUUCACGCAGUCGAGGAACAGAAGGAACGCAAAGACCCCUGUCCAGCGGAGGCAAUCUGCGCCUUCACUGAUCAUCAGUAGAGCCCUUACCAUGACGAAGACUGCAGCCAGGGAGACCGUGUCCGUGAUUCUCCCUGAGUCCUGCCCUUUGGUCCAGUCUCUCCUCAGCCCAACUCGGAGCCUUAUCCACUACGGCAGUGCUCAGCUCCAGAUGGGCCUGCAGAGGCAGGAGAGGACACUCUUCCUCUUCACCGAUCUCAUCAUCAUCAGCAAGGCCAAAUCACCUGCCCACAUGAAGCCCAAGGCGUGUGUGCGUGUGUGUGAAAUGUGGACGGCCUGCUGUAUGGAGGAGGUGUGUGAGAGCCCCACCAGCCCAGACAGGAGCUUUGUCAUGGGCUGGCCUGUUCACAACUGUGUCGCUACCUUCAGCACCCCUGAGCAGAAAGAAAAGUGGCUCACUCUCAUUGAAAAUCGCAUAACAGAAGAAAAGAAGAAAGACGACCCAAAAAGCAUUCCUCUCAAGAUAUUUGCAAAGGAUGUUGGGAGCUGUGCAUAUACAAAGACUGUCUCGGUCGCUAACACAGACCGGACCACAGAUGUCAUUAACACAGCUCGACAGCAGCUUGGUCUGACAGGUGCUGUGAGUGAUUACCAGUUGUGGGUAUGCUCUGGAAGUGAUGAACCACCAUACCCUCUGAUUGGUCACGAGUUCCCGUACAGUAUUCAGAUGAGACACAUGAGGCAGUCACGUCCCACUGCAGUGACACCCACUUACCCAUCGGGGGCGCUGUUGCCCACAGACGCACACUGUCAGUUCAUUUUGAGGCCCACUACACAGAACCUUACUGUUGAACAGAGGACGGUAAAGCGAAAGAGGAGCAUAAAACGCAUUAACUGGCCAUUUAGGCGAAACUCCGUUAGCCAGCUGGACGGGCAGUUAUCGUCCCUUACCUCAUCUUGCCCUGCCAUCCCCACCCCUGGCCGUUUGAUUGGGCGGCCUCUUGGUGAAGUCUUUAAAGACCGUCUGCCUCCACCAAUCAUGGACAUGUUGGUGUGCUUGUGUAAAGAAGGCUCAAAGACCCACGGUAUAUUCCGGCGUUCUGCCGGAGUGGCAGCGUGCCGAGACCUGAGUGAAAAGCUGGACUGUGGUUAUACUGACACUCUGCUGAGCGGUGAAUCUGCGCUUGUGAUUUCCUCUGUUUUCAAGCAUUUCCUGAGGAACAUUCCAGACAGCCUGCUCUGUGAGGAACUCUAUGAGCAGUGGCUUAGAGUGAUGGAGGAACAUGGAGAGAUAGAGGAAGAAAGAGAGCGAACGGAGCACAGGAUAGAGAGAGUUCAAAGGUUGCUUGAGCUCUUGCCUAAGGAGAACCUCUUGUUGCUUAAAUUCGUGGUUGCUAUGCUACACCACAUUCAGAGCAAUGCUGAGCACAACCAGAUGAACUCCUACAAUUUGUCUGUGUGCAUUGCUCCCAGUUUGCUGUGGGGCAGAAAGCUACAACCACAGGGCGAGGACACCAAGAAGGUAUGUGAGCUUGUUUGCUUCCUGAUUGACAACUGCUCUGCGGUGUUUGGCGAUGACAUCACAACAAUUUUCUCAGGUUUGUCUGAGGAGAAAAGUAACAGCCAUGAGAACGCACUGUUGGUACAGAUGGCAGAUUCUUGUUAUAGCAGCCUUGAGAAUGAGUUGAGCACUAAUCUAGAGUCUAUGCCUCAGACCCUGCCAAACACACAGAGCACUGAUUCGCUCAUCACGUUGAGUGACAGCGAGGACACAGACCAAUCAGAGUCUGACCUGGAGGUUGAGUCCCCGUUUUUGCCGUCACGUGAUAGGGUGUUUGUGGCACCUGCGCGUAAGCCUCUCUCGCAGCUGCGGAGGAGGUCUGAACCGAUCAUCAGACAUGCCCGUUCUAGUCUGGAGGUGCAGUCUGAAACGCGGAAGGCAAGCCUGGACAGCAGCAGAAUGCACGAGGAAGAGAACGAUGAAGAAAAUGGGGAUGAAGUAUUCCUGCCGCACAGUUUCCAGCGCCUGAGGCUUUCGCCCAGAGAGCGAGCGGUCUUCCAACGCAGAAGGCGGAAACGUGCCCCGCCUCUUUCGCUGCGAUUGGAUGAUUCAAGAUCCAGCCCCAUGUCCAUUGGGACCUCGACCACGGGGUCAUCUGUGAGCUCACUGGACAGCUCCUUCUCCCAGUCCAGUGAUGACAACGCCCACAUCCAACUGACCCUCUCGUCUCCUCAGAACUCGCCACCCAAACAGCAGUUUAACAGCACAUUCCAAAAGAGAACUCAACACAGCAUCACAGACACACAGAAAAUCGUCAUGAAAGCUGGCCCACAGACAGUAAAUGACCUCGCGGUCCCUCAGAGUGUAUUUCUCAGUCAGUCUUGGGUUCUGACUGUGCACAAGGCCACACAGACAGUCGACGACACACCUGCCAACAACACACCUGUCGUGGGAACACACUGCUGGAGGUGCGGAAAUCAGGCGUUGCCCCCAUCUGUCAGAGGAGACUGUAAUGAGGAGGUGUCGCUGAGGAGCAGGCACCUGUAUAGGAGUGAGGUAAAGAGGAGUGGAGAGGAGAAUAUGUUGGGGAGCAGAGAGAUGUCUCUGACUGGGGUAGAGAGAAGACGGGACUGGAUCAUGGGAAGCUGCCAGUGGAGCAGUGAGGACGUGUUUCUCUCAGAGGAGUCGUACGUCUAA